CGCCGUGAGGAGCACACUUCACUGUCGUGUUUUGAUGACGCCAUCACUGGGACUUUCCGGAUACGUCACUCGGGGCUUCCGAGUUAUUAAGCUAGCUCCGCUGCUGUGUUCAUGUCGUUAGACGCCGUAAACGUUGCCGCGUCGCUCCGGAAUACGAAACAAAGGACACCAUGAAAACCCCAAAAGCUCCCAGCGGCACAGAAACUGUUGGAAAUUAAGACGUCGUCGUCAGGAGCGACGGUCGGACCGAGAGGCGGAAUGUCAACAACGCGGCCCCUCCUCGGAAUGAGACGAGUCACCGAGCUAACGUGCCCGGAGCAGCCGACUAGCAGGCUCCCUGCGUCAGCCGGCAGGCAGCAGCAAGAGGCCGCCACCGUGGACGAGUUCACGGUUCUGGAGGAUAAAGAAGAGGAGCUGAAAUGUGCCAAGCCUCGAGUUGAGCAGGUUUUUAAAGUGACGUUCACCAUUAUCGGUCUGUUGGACCACACAGGACAGCAGCACGGCAGCAAAACAUUACGGCAGAUAUGGCUGCAGCUCAGAGGCAACAGAGACGACGUGUCGAAGGCAAAGGAAUAUGUUCGAGGACUGUGUGACCCAGAACUGCAGAAAGAAGAGCGUUACCCGGUGGACAUGCACUGUAUCUUCGCCGGCGCCCGGGGGCUCUUUUUGGACAGACUCAUCCGGGACACGAGCGCUGAAGUUCUGGUACCUGAACCGGGCCGUCUGCGGCUCUUGGGUCGGGCUGAACCGGUCGUGAUGGCCCAGAGCAGAGUUCAGCAGUUUGUAGCACUAUUCCAAGAGAAGCAAAGUCUGCCAAGUGACAGAGAACCGAUGGUGAAACGAACGUUCAAGUCCUUUGUGGAGGAAAGGGAUGAUAAGUACACUAUGGAGCUUCUGCUGCUGCCCAGCGCCCUGAAGGAGGAGCUACUGGGGCUGGUUCACAGCCCCACAAGCACUAACACAUCUUCUCUGGCUCUGCUCAGCCAGGCGCUACAUCCUAGCGUGACAGAGGUCGACCAGGACCGAUCGCAGAGUAGCACCCCUGUGACGGAGCUUUCCAACCGCAUCCUGGACACCAGCUUCGAGGAAAGAGGGACGGCGGCGGCAUCAUCUGUCACCGGGAAAGCAGGAGGUGGGAUCGGUUUAGGCCCCGAGGCCGUCCUGCUUAAUGGCACCCGGCCUUCACACAAGCGGCGCUCAUCCGAGAGCGAGACUCGGGAUACAAAGAGACAAUAUUCCCUGGAACGAAGGGAGGAGUCACCGGAGAGAGCAAGGGAGAGGGAACGACAGCGGGACAGAGAGGGUCGAGGAGGCAGCAACAGCUGUAGAUCCAAAACCCCAUCAGCUUCAUCGUCCCUCUCCUCCUCCUCCUCCUCCUCCUCCUCGGCUAAAGCGAACACAGUGGUCGGUCAGAUCAUCCUGGACUCCAGUGAGGGCGUCUCAGACGACGGAGAGGCAGUCAGCCCAGAAACCAACCUCCGCUGUCUGGUCAAUUUUUUCAGAACCAUGGGCUACCAGCAAGAAGUGGUGGAGCGCGUCGUCAAGGCAACGGGACAGACGGAAGACACCUUCCUCGUCCUGGAAAAAAUUGUGGAGGAAACCAAACGUUGUGAAGAGGGGUCAAAAGGAGGGGAGAAAGAGAGACGAUUGAACUCUGUGCGUAAUUCAGACGCUCCCUCCUCGUCAUCAUCCUCCUCGACAGUCUCUCGCUUCAGAGAGAAGGAGCUGAGCAGGACGUUAGUGGAUCCCGGCAGGUCCAAAGAGAACAUUAAACCCAACCAGCAUGGGAGCAGUAGCAACGGGUUGGGCCACCGGAGGCAGUGCAGCGGUAGCGAGACGAGCACUCAGCAGGCCAUCACUAUCAAGAGGAGUUCUAGUGCUCAAGGAGGAGCAGGAAACUAUGAGGUUAUAACUAUUGAUGAUGAUGAUGAUGUCAUCCCCACGGACACCAAAACAGCAGAUAGCAGAACGUCUCGGGUGAUGACGGUCGCACACCUCGACACACAGUCAGGAUCCAGAACUGACUACCUGGCCAGGGGAGGGGGCGGAGUCUCGCAGAGGGAUUACCUGUCUCGAGGCGGGACUCAGACUUUAGGAGGGUCAGUGAAAGUUGAGAACGUGACGGCGCUUCGCAGUACGCCUCAAUGGCUCACCGCCACCACGACCUCCUUGGCUUCGACCCCCAGUUCAGCUCAGCCUAUCCCCCGACCCUCGGCCUCUCCCUACCAGACCAUCGGACACAUGGGUUUUCACGGGGGUUUGGCCCGGACGCCCCCUGCCAACGACCCACCUGCCCCUCCGGUGACUGGUUUGGCUCGUUUCCACCAGUCGCUGAGGACUCCCUUCACCCUGAAUCUGCCCAAUGAGCCGGGACGUCCAGAGCUGAGACACAUCAUCAUAGACGGCAGCAACGUGGCGAUGGCUCACGGCCUUCAUCGGUUCUUCUCCUGUCGUGGUAUAGCGCUGGCAGUGGAGACGUUUUGGAGAAGAGGCCACAGAGAAAUCACAGUGUUCGUCCCUCAGUGGCGUCAGAAGAGAGACCGACUCACAACAGAACAACAUUUUCUAAACCAGCUAGAAGACCUGAGGCUGCUGUCCUUCACUCCCUCCAGAGAAGUUUGUGGCCAGAGGAUAUCCUCACAUGAUGAUAGGUUCCUGCUCCACCUCGCCGAAAAAACAGACGGGAUCAUCGUCACCAACGACAACCUGAGGGACUUUGUCAACACCUCGAACACCUGGCGCAAGAUCAUUCUCGAGAGAUUGCUUCAGUUUACUUUUGUGGAGGACCACUUCAUGAUCCCCGAUGACCCUCUGGGGAAAGCUGGACCUCACCUUGACAUCUUCCUGCGAAAAGACAACAGGAGGGCUCCAGCCACUCCUCCCCCUCUGAGACCUCCAGACUUCCGGCCGUCCUCCCAGCAGCAGAACCCGGUUUACGUCCAGGCCCUUCAGUCGGCUCCUCGGACCCCCACGUCCCUGAUGCCCCACCCCACCACCCACUGGCCCCACUCCGGUCCCCCCGAGUGGCACCCGCCUCGCCGCUCCCCCUCGCCGUCGCCCUCGCCACCGCCCCAGCGGUCGCCGGGGGAGACGUCGGAGCUGAAGAGGAAGCUGUACGACAUCUUCCCCGACCAGAAGCAGCGGAUCGACCGCAUCCUCAGCGACAACCCAUAUAUGAGAGACUUGAACGCCUUGUCUGGGCUGCUGCUGGGAUAAAUGAAAAACUGGCUCAGUUAUGAGAAUCACACACGCAAGAAUAUACAUAUGUGUGUCUGCAUAUAGGUAAGUUAUUUUGCCCUCUUUUCCAACUCGGAGGACGUGGAUGUUAUUUUUUUUCAUUGUUAUUGUUUUCCAUAAAGACUAAUCGUCAAACUAGCUGCUAUUGGCAAGAAGUAUUUUUUGGGAUGUUUAAGUUUUUCCCUCUUGGUUUGCUUUAAAAAUGAACAACACUGGUGUCCACAGAGCCAGUGUGUUAGCAAAUUGCCAUAUUUGUCCAGCAGCAAAGUCUGUAUUGUUCACAUGGUAAUAAAUCAUUACAGUUCCUUGACAAGAGUCCAGAGUUUCCAUGAAUGUGGGACCAGCGCUGGGAUGAAAAAAGUUUCGGACCAAGAACAGUAAGCUGAUUUUAUGGGACAGCGGCUCCAUCUUUAGCACACGAUGGGUUUCUUCUCCUAAACUUUGUUCACCGUCAGACUUUUCAACACCUCUCACAGACUCUGAGCUUUUCUCUCAAUAAAAUUUGAGCUUUUUUGUUGAUAGGUUACCGACACUGGCAGGUUUUGCAUGUUUUUUCAAUUUUCAACAUACUACUUACACACUUGUUAUGUUCUGGAACAGGAUGAAGUCUGCGUCAGGGAGGUUUCUGAACUCAAAUCAGGAGUUUUGAGCAGUUUGCAGUCAUUCAACUUUCACAGGGGGAAAGCUGAGUUGAAACAUACGAUAUUUAAACUUCAUUUCAUUACAGUGUACUUGUUGGAGAUCAGUUUUAAUCAAGAUCACAGCAGUGUCUUUUUUUUUUGAAGAGCAUUUCAGGAAGCAGGAUGAGAUCUUUAGCUGUCAUUGAACAUAAAUCCCUAAAAAAGAAAGAAACUUUCUUUUUAAAAGAAAAAUUACAUAGAAGUUUUAAUUUUUGCCACAGAAACACAUUUGAAGCACAUUUGAGGCUGUAUAAAUGGGCAGUAAUUUCAACCUAUAUGUUAUUUGUUAAUAUUAUUUAAGAUUCAGCUUCGUGUGUGUAUAUAUCCAGGCUGAAUUGAUAUCAUUUAUAAAUUAAUUUUCCUUAUUAAAGCAACACUGUUCAUCUCUAUCCCCUCAAAAAUGCCACCUCUAUUUCCUGUUGGUUCACAUGAUGCUUUAAUAUGCGGCGAAUUUGCCCUACUAAGGUAGCACAUGAUAGAAAUUGGUUCUGUGCUUAAGAAUGUAUUUUCCUCUGCAAGAAAUGUGUAUUUUCAGAAACUGUCUUAACAGAGGAAAUUCUAGUGAAUUUGAGCAUAACAACAAACCACUAAACCCCAUUGUGUUUUAUUGCUGAUGUUCUCUUUUAGGUCUGUUUUGCUGCUCAAACCUGCUUUUUAUACACAAUUUUUGGGGAAAAAAAAAAAAACAGCUGCGGAAAAGCCUGAAUUUGCUGCUCUGAUCAUCUCAAAGUGAACAUCACAUCGACAGGGAUUUGAUAUUCGGUUACGUUUGACCCCAGAAUGAUUUGUUCCAGGAAGAUUCAGUCACUAGUUCUACAUUUUUGUUCUGGGAUGUGAGUUUUGUCAGUCCAUCUGGUCCGAGAUGGAAGCAAACACUACAAGAGUUUGGAUUUAUCCAUCGUAGAUUAACACCAGAAGUUUGCUCACCUGAAGAAAAAAAUGUGUUCCAUUUGUAAUUAAUGUUUGAUAGCUCAAUUUAAUGCACUGGACAUAAGAGACGGUGUAGUGAGGGAAACAACGAUUGACUGAUCUGAUGAACCUUCGAAUACCUGUAGUGUUUUUUGUUUGUUUUUGUUUUUUUAACUCACACACCCGGAGAACGUGGGCUUCAGCUUGCAUAUUUACUGUGCAUCGGAGUUUUUGUAAAAUACAAUCACACUUCAUUUCCUUGUAAGAAAAGAACCUCUGCACAAAAACUUUACAAGGUGUCAAAAAAUACUCGUACUUGCUAUGUUGUCGUUGUGAGGAUUACUGAAGGAUUUUUUCCCCCUCUUUCCUUGUAUUAUAAUUCUUUUGUGUAUAUUGAUUUCUUUUUUGUAAAUAUAUGCAUUUUUGGGCUACAGUGCACAUAUGGUUUUAUGUAUGUGAAAGAACAAUAAAUGCAGCAUUCCCCAUA